CUGAUGUAGCUAAAGAUUGUCAAACUGAUUUCUUUGCAAAUGGUGACAUCCACCGGAAACCUUAUCUCGUGCAACGUACAUACGAAAAUUUAACAUGUUGUUGUUUAACUUCGUGAAAGAUAAUUUUGGAAUUUUAUUCCAUAAUACCUGUAUUUUCCGAAUGCAGCAAAGUGUGGACGUAACGUUGCAGGCUCAGUAAAGUUAUCAUACAUAUUUUAUGUUGGUUAGACUCAGCAAUGCGUGUCCCUGUUUAUUCCUGCCUGGAUGCAGCUGCUUGGGUUACACUGGCUUGGAUCUGUGCAGUGGUUGCCUCCCAAAUACCUGAAGACUGGAAAUCAUACAUUUCACCGGAAAUUCUUGUUACGCACAAUGGACGAGAUUCCGUAACCUUGUUGUACAAUACGAAGUUACUCGAAGGCGAUAUUGAAGGCAUCGACCGGGACGCAGAUGUGCUAAACGUCACCGGUGUACUGGCUAACUUUCUGGAUACGUCCUUUUCAAGAUGGCCUAACGGACUCAUACCGUUCCAAAUCAGCGAAACAUUUACUGGCGAGCAACAGGUUACUAUUAAAAAUGCUUUGCAAAAGAUGUCGGGAGCAACUAAUAACUGUAACCGAUUCGUCCAGCGCGUGGACCAUCCUAAUUAUCUCAAAUUUAUCGGCAGUACAGGAUGCUCUUCUUAUAUUGGACGCAUUACGGAAGGCGAACAGAUUAUCCGCCUUGCACCUGCAUGCCUGCAACAACUGGGUGAUGUGCAGCACGAAGUCAUGCACGCUCUGGGCUUCUACCAUGAAAUGAGCCGGGCCGACCGAGACGAUUAUGUUCGAAUCAAUUACGAAACCCUUCAGCAUGAUGCCAAAUAUAAUUUUGAUAUUUUCCUGAGGAACACUCGCACGUUCGGCCUUCCUUAUGAUUACGCAUCGAUUAUGCAUUAUCCGGCGUUUGCUUUCGCAAAAGAUCCGUGGAAACCAUGCAUUAUUCCAACCACAAAGUUUCCACACUGUAUCGGACAAAGAGAUAAUCUGAGCUUUCUGGAUUCCAUCAAAAUCCAAAUUGCGUACGGCUGCAUAAACGAAUCGCAGAUCAAAGCAAUGAACUGGCUACAAUACAGCAGAAAUAACACGAUGUGCUCCAAAGUUGCGCUGCGGCCAAACGAAGAAGCAGAAAUGGAAAAGAGUUAUUACUCAAGGACGUUCAGAUGGACGUCCAUCAAGGACGUUCAGAUGGACCUUUCAGUCUGAUAACAAUCUCGUCGUGUACCGCGAGUGCGACCGGCAAAUUGCAUUCUCUACCCAUACCAACUUACGAUUUUCCAGAGCGAUACUAGGCGGUGACGGAAAUCUAGUCUUAAAAAAUUUCAAAGAUGGUUAUACGUUGAACCUGCACAACACGGCAAUAGUCGUAAUUAUUAUAAAUAUUAUACGAUCUUUAUUGCAUGGUUUCCUUUGUGUUCAACAACAAUGAUUAUACUGCGGUACCACGGACUAGCCUGCCAAAAAGGUGUUGGUAGGAGGGAACGGCAUAACGGCAUUAACGAUAUUAUUUUGCGAACUUUGUGCAAUGCCGGCAUUGAAUCAUAUCCUGAGCCUGUGGGAUUUUUGCGUGAAAACGGAAAGCGGCCGGAUGGGGCUACACGAUGGAAGUGGUACCGUGGACAACCGCUAGUCUGGGAUGUGACAUGCAGAGACACGAUGGCGGAUUCCUAUACUGACGCAACCUCGAAGUGUGCGGGCGCCGCCGCCGAACUGGCAUUCACUGUCAAGAUGGGGAAGUACAAGUCGCUUACUGAUCGUUGUCAUUUUGUUCCCAUUACAUGUGAGACAUUUGGCACUUACUGUAAUGGUACAAUUGUUUUGUUGAAAGAGAUCGGUAAGAAACUGUUUAUGCGAACAGGCGAGAGUCGUUCCACUUGCUUUUUGUUUCAACGUUUAAGUUUGGAGAUUAUGCGGGGUAACGCUAUGAGCAUAUUAUGCACAGUCCCUUCUCAUGUUAAUUGGGAUAAAUUCUUCAUUUGAUUGUAUUCGACUGAGUGGUGUUCGUUGCUGUACAUAUUGAAAAAUAAAGACAAUA